AGCCGCAGCUGACUCGCCCAUCGCAAAGAAUUAAACUGUCAAUAUUGACCGUGUGCAACGGUUAACAAUCUGCGAAGCAGUCAGUGCCUUCAUGUACCUUCAGUAAAUCAGCUCCUCAUAGGAUACUCGGAACAUGUUGUUAACGGGGGCGGGUGGUCAAUAACACAGCCCUGGAAUGUGUGCGCGUCCCCGACAUGUCGGAUCCCGUGGGGGCGCGCCGGGCCAUGAGUGCGCACGCAUCGCGACAGGUCUACUCUGCAGAGUACAAGGAGGAGGCAGGGAAGCGUUGGAGUCGGGAAUGAUGGCGGUGAAGAAGAAGGGACAACUUUUGUAGUGUACAUUGGACGCCAAAAAGGACAAUCGUUCGGUGCCCAGCACGAUGAAACCAAUGGGAGGUGGGAGGCUGGACAGUGUUGAGACAACGCUCCGACGAGGCUACGCCGGACCCGGUUGCGCAUAAAGGAGGGAAAGAUCUUUACCAACAAAUUGGGGAAUACCAACCUCACUUUAACCAAAACCGCGGUUUCAUUUUCACCGCGGGCACAUCAUCUCUGAUUGGACUGCGAACUACAUCUGAGGAAAAUGCUGAAAGCCGAGAGUAAAGGGGACAGGACGCUGCGGAGCGCGUCGCCCCAUAGAAACGCAUACAAGUCGGACUUCCAUGCCAUCAAAUGCAAUUUCGAUGGGACAAAAUCGGAUGGCGCUACUAAGUCAUAUGCAAAUGGCUCAAGUGAUACCAGGGAGGACUCGAGGGGGAGGCCCUUCGGCAAUCGGGUGAACAAGAUCAAGAACAUAUUCCUGCAGAUGGAUGGCCAACAAGAGCCUCAAGAAGUAGCCAAGACAUCGUUAAAAACGGAGAUUCCACUGUCUCCCAUAGCCCCAACUAAAGUGCAGUUUCCUGUGGGCACACAAAAAACUAAUUUCAGCAACGCGACAAGCCCAGAGCCAUCACACAGUUUAGAUAAACCCCCCAAAGGAGAAGAUGUGGAGAUUGACAAAGUGGCUCUGGCGCAGAAGUUCUCCUCCACCAGAAAGCUCUUUGAAAGAGGAAUCAAAGACCCGCCUGCCUCCGACAAGGCCACCACCCGGACCGUGACCCGAGUGUCCCUGGGCAGCGCGCCCGACGAUGGAAAGGCUUCAAGGAGAGUCUCGGAGAGCAGCCUCAGACCAGAGCAGACCUCCACGCCGGCGAGCAAACACCAACCAGACGAGAAGGCGGACGCGGAGGGGAAGGGGAAGCCCGCGUCCCGGGCCUCGCUAAACGCCGGCCCCAUCUCCCGACGCUUGGACAGCUACACGGGCAGCAGCGACGGCGACGACCCCACCAGAGCCGGCGCCAAAGCCAGCACGGCGGCGGCGGUGCCGCCCCCCGCUAAGAAAGAGCCAACCAGCACCAACUCUCCGCCAGCCGGCGACACCCACAACAAGUGCACAUCCCCGAGUGCCAACGUGGCGACCAAAGUCACGUCCCCAGUGGUCACGGCGACCCUUAAAACAACGUUAACGUCCACAACCGCAGCCAGCAGACCCAGCUCUGUGACGACAGAGUCCACGCAUAAGCCCGCCUCCCCCGAGCAGACCCCGUCCCCCGGGUCAGGCUACAAGCCGUCCUCCAGGGAUGGCGUCGGAUCACCCCCUGCUAGGGGGGACGUCCUCCAAAGCCGGACCUCCGCCCUUCCCUCCAGAGACCAGAAGCAGAACUCUGCGCCGUCGGCCACCAUCAGCUCCCAAGGCACCGUCACCAAGCGGUCGGGCGGCGGGGUCGGGGCCGGGGGCGGACCUGGAGGUCUGAGCCCCCCCAGGGACAAGCCCUCCGGUGCCGCACCCCUGCCGGGGUCCCGGGGCGUGGUCCGGGCGGAGCUGGUGGUGGUCCAGAACGAGUCGUCGGACAGUGAAGGAAACGAGGACGAAGAUAGCGUGUUUGAGGAGGGGAAAGCGCCGCAGGGCCCGAGAGGCGACGCCGCCGCCGCCAACGCCGUCACUCACUCGGCGUCGGCGGAUCGCCUCGGCCGCAGCCCUGGGGGGUCCGGCGGGGUGAGGGAGGGGGGGAGGGAGGUCCGACCCUCACUGGAGGAAGCGGAUAUCAGGAGAGCGUCGGCGGAGGAGGUGCAGGAGAAGAAGGUUUCAGAGGAGCGGAGGGGAGAGGCUUCGAGGCGGAGGGCAGAAGAGGAAGGCGAACAGGAAGAGGAAGUUGCGGAGGAGGAAGAGGAGGGGGGGGGUGAGGAAGAGGGCGAACAGGAAGAGCAAGGGGGCCAGCGGGACGAGGGCCAGGUCUCCCCCGGGGUGUACGGGAUCGAGAACGCGGCGUUUGACGACGACAGGGACGUAGACCAAGUCCUCAGGGAAGACCCAGAGGAGGAAGAGGAGGAUGAGGAAGAGUACAGAGAAGACGGACAUCCGGGGGAAUAUGAGGAUUACUAUGAAGAGGCUCCUGGGCUGUCAGACGAGGACGAACCACCGCUGCGGAGGAAGAUCCAGUUCUCCACCAAUCCCAUACUGGUCUUCAACACUUACUCCAACGAGGAUUACGACCGGCGUAACGAUGACGUGGACCCGGUGGCCGCCUCUGCCGAGUACGAGUUGGAGAAGAGGGUGGAGAAGAUGGACGUCUUCCCCGUGGAGAUCGAGAAGGGGGAGAACGGGCUGGGCAUCAGCAUCAUAGGAAUGGGUGUUGGAGCCGACCAGGGCCUGGAGAAGCUGGGCAUCUUCGUGAAGACCAUCACAGAGCAGGGAGCGGCCGAACGGGACGGGAGGAUCCAAGUGAACGACCAGAUAGUGGAGGUGGACGGCACCAGUCUGGUGGGGGUCACUCAGCUCUUUGCGGCCACGGUCCUCAAGAACACGCAAGGCACCGUAGGGUUCCUGAUAGGCCGGGAGAAGGCGGGAACGCAGAGCGAGGUGGCCCGCCUGAUCAGCGAGACCCUCGAGCAGGAGAAGCAUCAGCUGCACCAACAGCACCUGGAGGACACCUAUGAGCAGUCCACAGAGGAGGAAGAGCACUACGAGGAGGAAGACCCCAUAGAGGAGGAGGAGGAGGAGGAGGAGGAGGAGGAGGAGAUCCUGGGCUCCAGCUUCUGCGUCGGAAGGAACGAGGAGUUGCUGGAGCUUCCCGAUAGCGAGGCGUCGUUCCUGCCCGGCAACAUGGACUCCUCUCAGCUGGCCUUUAGGUUCAAGGAGCUCCAACUCAAACAUGGCAUUGUGAUGACUGAAGUAAACCAACUCAAAGAGCAGCUGAGCGAGUUCGAGGAGGACCGAUCGCUGUCGAGCGAGCGAGAGGCGGCGCUGGUGCUGAAGAUCGAGCAGAACAAUGAGAAGAUCCUGCAGCUGGAGGGCUACUGGCUGGAGGCCCAGGGCCUGUGCAAGACGGUCAACGAGCACCUGGCCGACAGCCAGAACCAGCACGACGCCCUGGACAAGAAGUAUAACAAGGCCAAGAAGCUGCUCAAGGACUACCAGCAGAAGGAGAUCGACUUUGUGAAGAAGGAGGAAGAGAUGAAGAAGGCUCUGGAGGAGAAGGACGCGUGGUACAGAGAGCAGAUGGAGAGCCUUCAGGAGAGGCUCGCGGCGCUGGAGGCCAAAGGGAUGCCGGCAGACCCUGCGGAGGCCCGGCUGAGCGCGGAGCUGGCAGGAGAGCCAAGCCGAGGUACCGCCACCAGCUCGCAAUCUGUCCACUCUCUAGAGACGGACUGGGCCGAGGUGGUCCCGGAGACGGAGCUGCUGGACACCAGCGCGCAGCGCGCCCGCGGCCUACUGGCCCAGAAGGCCAAGCGGCAGCCGCCGACGCGCUGCAGGCUGAAGGAGAGCCUGCCCGCGACGUCGCUACGCUCGCCGGACAGCGAGGAAGAUGAGGAGCAGGAGGAGGAGGAGGAGAGGGGGGAGGAGGAGGAGGAGGAGGAGGAGGAGCCCCCAAGGAGGAGGCGGUCCAUACAGGAGAGCCUGUCGCUGCCCGUGCCCGUGGGUCAGCCCGGCAACGGGCAGAGGGAGGAGUCGGCGGAGCGGGGCAAGGCGGAGCUCUCCAGUAGCCCCUCCCACAGGGACAGCAUGGAGAGCGGAGGCAGUCCAUCUCUGUCGCCCCCCUCGCCGCACUCCCCCUCUGGGUUCCCGCGCAACGAGAAGAAGCCGGAGUCCAAAGGCAAGGGCAAGGAGGUCAAAGAAGAUUUGAACGAGAGCUCUGCAGCAGCCAAGCCAAAGAGACGGUUUCCUGACUUUGGGGGCUUGCGGAAGUCUGGGGGGAAGGGGAAGAAACACGACAAGGAGGCUAUGAGAGCGUCUAUGGGGAGCAGGGGUUCGGCGGACCUCCUGGAGCAGUCCGGGGGGACCAUCUCCCCGGCCGAGUCCAUGUCGUCCAUCCCCACCUGCAUGCCCUUCAACUGGUUCGGGGACAAGGAGCGGGACAAGGAGCCGUCGUCGUCCAGCAGCAGCCUGCCCUACACCGCCACCGAGACCAGCAGCGAGCAGAGCCAGGAGCGGCAGAGCCAGGAGCGCCGGAACAAGACAAAUCUCUCUUGGUCGUCUUUAUUCAGUCGAUCGUUAGACUUGAGUGUGUCAGUCGUAGACGACUGUAGCCCGGGCAGCCCUAGCUCUGAGCUCUCGGGGCUAGUGGCUGAGCCCAAUCUGUCCGGCCGCUCACACACCCUAAUCUUCUCGUCCACCGAGACACUGGACGACGAACCGGUGUCAACAGGGAAGGAGUAUCAAUGGCAGAACCGCCCUGUUCCUGAAUGGACCAAUCAGCAAGUCUGUCACUGGCUGAUGGGCAUGAACAUGGACCAAUACACUCCCGAGUUCACAGCCAAGGCCGUGGACGGCCAGCAGCUAAUGCAGAUGGACAGCGACAAGUUGAAGGUGCUGGGCGUGAGCAGCCAGAGCGACCGGGCGACCAUCAAGAAGAAGGUGAAGGACAUGCGCAAGGCCCAGGAGAAGCUGGAGAAGCAGAGGGAGAAGCGGGAGAAGGAGGCGCGACGCAGCGGAAAACUACCGGCCAGUACGGACUCUGUGUGCUGAGGUACGCUGGCGGUGCGUCCCCCCCCCCCUCUCCAAGGCCCUGGUUCAGACCGUUCGGCCCUUGCAGGGCAGAACGUUCACUACAAAGACCCCCCCCCCCCCCCGCCCCUCACAUACUGUAUAUCUGCCAUCUCCCCUCCCUCUUCUAAUGUAACACGACCAUGCCACUAAUGACCACGGGCAAACACGUCCGCUCUUGAAUUGCACCCUAGUAUUUUAUUUUCCAAGUGCCAGUCAUGAUUUUAUCUCUGUGCUGCGGUCUUGGUCCUUAUUUCGCUGUUUUGGCGUUUUAAUGCGUGUCCUCUAAUGCAACCCCCCUUUCUCGCGGACCCUCUCGAAUCAAACCAUUUCAACUGUGAGACAAUAAACACAUUGUUAAUUUGUGACCGAAAGUAAGCCCCUAUGUUAUUUGACCACUAAAUAUCGAGAUGAUAUCGUUCUGAUUCAAAGUCACGUUGUGCUUUUGCCGAUAAUCGGCAGGUUUCACCACGAAAUGUAAUCUUUAUUUAUAGGUUGGGUAUGGGAUUUGCGAAACGCCAGCAGAUUUUGAAAAUACACAACUCAAAUGGUCCCACCCCAUCUCCUUCAACGGUGACUCGGACUGCAACCGUUCCAAGUACAUGGACGCGCAAUCAUGCACGAGCGAACACAGAUGCGCGAGAGCGAGCCAUUAGCUAGCUCCAGUAGCUACCGCAGGAUAACAACAAACAGAAGCUUGCUCUGGGUCACGAGCUUUGAGUACGUGUCCGAAGGGGUCGAGCGGGGGAGGGGGAGUGCAGUACGACCGUUUGAUUGACGUACUUACUACUUACUGUCCAAUGACACUCGGUGGGUCUGGAAAUCAUUGGCUGGAGUUUUUCGAUCCCUGCCCGUUCCACAGAUGAUUGACUUGUUUAAUUUUCAUGCCAGUACUUCUAACUCAGUGGCUGUAAGUGGGUUAUGAUAAGGAUUUCAAGUUAUUUUGCAAAAAAGGCCAAAAAAAGAGAAUUCCAUACCCAACCUUUAAAACAAAAACACUUUCGCUGGUCCCCUACAGCAAGGUGCUGUACAGGUGAUCUCAAAGCACUAUAAAAAAGGUCUUUGACGCUUCAAAGGUUGACAAUGUUUUAUGAGUAUAAAAAAGUUGUAUACAUCUGCCUAUUAACUGCAUUUACUUCUUAUUUUAAAACAAUGAAAAUCAAGACCACCGUAACAUUUUAUACUAUACACAUUUUUUUCUACUAAGUAGAAUAGCGACAUCUUAUUUGCUGAAUAAGAUACGCAAAGGCGACUUGUUUUGAAUCCGGGGCAGAGCUGCUGUUUCUACUGCUAUUCCAAUCGUGCCUGAGUGGGCGGAGCCCUGAUCUGUCGUCCAAUCAGAACAGGGCCCUGUUACUGUAAUGAUUCCAGUGAUGUUACAGUCAUUCUAAAUCUCGUCUGUCUUGGCUCACCCAACGGGUGCCUACUAAACACAACUCUGGUUUGAAUAUGGUUCCACGUGACUAUGAAUGUUGUGAGUGUGCGGGUGGUGUGUGUCUGUGUGCGUUCCCGGGCCCACUGAAAUACUUUACCAUGGUGUUGCCAUUCAAGCUGUUGUUAACUGUUUUGUAUAUUUUAUAGAGUCAAAAGAUAAAAUGUUGCACUGCGAGAAUGUUGUCCACUUCCCCCGUGAAGCCUUGGUACAUACUGUAAAGCGGCAUCAAUAAACUCAUUUUCACCUCA